AUGGUGUCUCCACCACCUGUCUGGGUAGCCUGUUCCAAUUCCUGGACCCUGUCCCAGCCAGAGCUGUGGGAAGCCCACGCCGGGCGGGCAGCCCUGGCUCGCUCCUGGCUCAGGGCUGAGGGCUCGGGACGGCCCGGGCCGCCUUUGCGCUGCGCUGUGUCCAUGUCGUGGCUGUUGUGUAAACGGGGCCAAGCCUUUUACCUGCCGGUGUUUCGCCAUGGGGUUCAAGGGAGGAAAGGGGAGGGGGGGACUGCAAAGCACAACCCAAGGCCUGGGCUUGCUCGCAAGGCGCGCUCCUCCCUGCGUGAGCACAAAGGGUCCUGUAAGCCAUUAAGCGGGCAACGGCCCUGCCCGAGCAGGGCUGUCGCAGCAGCUCGGCCGACGCCGCUGGCAAGACAAGCUCAGCGCGAGCCCGGGCUCAGCAUGGCGGGGCGCGCAAUCCCUCUCCUUUCCCUGCCUGCUGUAGUAAAGAGUUGCUGUUUGCCGGCUGCGGGCUGCGCGCGCCUGUGCUUUCCCCCAGGGCCAGGACGGGGGGGGUCGCAAGGGCUGCCGCUGCCGACACCCGCAGUCCAGUGGUGCCCUUCGUCCCCGCCGGGAGCUGCUUUUCCAGACGGGGAAUGGCGUGGCUGGGCACGACGGCGCCUUGAGGGGGGCCUCUCGUGCUGCUUAGGUGGGGACGGCCCGGGGACGCCCCCGGCUCGAGGAGCCCCCGCCAUGUCGCCGAAGCGCUGCAGAGGGUCCGCGGCCCCCCAGCCCGAGCGUGGCAGGUCCCCGAGGGGCCCGGGCCGGGCAGAGGGGCAGCCGGCCCCCGCGGCCGGCGGGGAGGCCGAGGCGGUCGGCCGCGGGCGUGGGGGGCGGAAGCGCAAGGAGACGGUCGUGCGGCAGCGGGCGGCCACCGGCGAGCACCCCAACAUCUGCGUGGAGUGCGGCAAGAGCUUUGCGCAGAGCGCGGCGCUGCUGGCCCACCGGCACAGCACCGGCGAGGUGAAGCCCUUUGCCUGCCUCGACUGCGGCAAGAGCUUCGGCCUCAGCGACAAUCAGAUUCGGCAGCAGUGCGCCCACGCCGGCGGGAGCCCACAGAGCUGCCGGGACUGUGGGAAGGAGGUGGACGGCGACACCAACGACCCCAGCCCAGCCCCGCAACCCCCUGGCCAGAGUCCCGACGAGUGCCGCGACUGCGGGGAGGGCUUCUGCCAGAGCUCAGACCUGGCGAAGCACCAGCAGCUGCACACCAGCGAGCGGCCCUACGCCUGCACCGACUGCGGGAAGAGUUUCCGACGGAGCUCGGACCUCGUCAUCCACCAGCGCGUCCACACCGGCGAGCGGCCCUACAAGUGCCCCCAGUGCGGGAAGAGGUUUAGCCGGAGCUCGGACCUCGUCAUCCACCAGCGCAUCCACACCGGCGAGCGGCCCUACAAGUGCCCCCAGUGUGGGAAGACCUUCAAGAGCAGCUCCAACCUCAACAUGCACAAGCGGACCCACCUGGGCGAGCGGCCCUACAAGUGCGCCGACUGCGGCAAGAGCUUCAGCUACAGCUCAUCCUUCCUCAAGCACCAGCGCAUCCACACCGGGGAGAAGCCCUACGAGUGCCCCCACUGCGGGAAGAGCUUCUGCGAGAGCUCAGCCCUGAUCCGGCACCAGCGCACCCACACCGGGGAGACCCCCUACCAGUGCCCCCACUGCACCAAGAGCUUCAAGCAGACCUCGGCCCUCAUCACCCACGUGCGUACCCACACCGGGGAGACCCCCUACCACUGCCCCCACUGCGGCAAGAGCUUCAAGCAGACCUCGUGCCUCAUGACCCACCUGCGCACCCACACCGGGGAGAAGUCGUACCAGUGCGGCAACUGUGGCAAGCGAUUCUGGGAGACCUCGGCCCUGAUCCGCCACCAGCGCAUCCACACCGGGGAGAAGCCCUACCAGUGCCCCCACUGCGGGAAGAGCUUCUGCGAGAGGUCGCCCCUCGUUACCCACCUGCGCAUCCACACCGGGGAGACCCCCUACCAGUGCCCCCACUGCAGCAAGAGCUUCAAGCAGACCUCGUCCCUCAUCACCCAUGUGCGCACCCACACCGGGGAGAAGCCCUACAAGUGUGGCGACUGCGGCAAGAGCUUCAGCUACAGCUCAGAUCUGGUCCGGCAUCAGCGCAUCCACACCGGGGAGACCCCCUACCAGUGCCCCCACUGCAGCAAGAGCUUCAAGCAGAGCUCGUCCCUCACAGUCCACCUGCGCACCCACACCAGGGAGAAGCCUUACAAGUGCAGCGACUGUGGCAAGAGCUUCUCUGAGUCCUUGGUCCUCAGAUGGCACCGUCGCAUCCACCUCAGAGCCCAAGUCACAGUCUGGAUGGAAACAAGGGAACAUUUCACCUCUCCUGUGUGGAUCAGGGAUGCGGCACUGCCACCAGCUGCCUGCGGGAACUCCUGGACCCUGUCCCAGCCAGAGCUGUGGGAAGCCCACGCCGGGCGGGCAGCCCUGGCUCGCUCCUGGCUCAGGGCUGAGGGCUCGGGACGGCCCGGGCCGCCUUUGCGCUGCGCUGUGUCCAUGUCGUGGCUGUUGUGUAAACGGGGCCAAGCCUUUUACCUGCCGGUGUUUCGCCAUGGGGUUCAAGGGAGGAAAGGGGAGGGGGGGACUGCAAAGCACAACCCAAGGCCUGGGCUUGCUCGCAAGGCGCGCUCCUCCCUGCGUGAGCACGAAGGGUCCUGUAAGCCAUUAAGCGGGCAACGGCCCUGCCCGAGCAGGGCUGUCGCAGCAGCUCGGCCGACGCCGCUGGCAAGACAAGCUCAGCGCGAGCCCGGGCUCAGCAUGGCGGGGCGCGCAAUCCCUCUCCUUUCCCUGCCUGCUGUAGUAAAGAGUUGCUGUUUGCCGGCUGCGGGCUGCGCGCGCCUGUGCUUUCCCCCAGGGCCAGGACGGGGGGGGUCGCAAGGGCUGCCGCUGCCGACACCCGCAGUCCAGUGGUGCCCUUCGUCCCCGCCGGGAGCUGCUUUUCCAGACGGGGAAUGGCGUGGCUGGGCACGACGGCGCCUUGAGGGGGGCCUCUCGUGCUGCUUAGGUGGGGACGGCCCGGGGACGCCCCCGGCUCGAGGAGCCCCCGCCAUGUCGCCGAAGCGCUGCAGAGGGUCCGCGGCCCCCCAGCCCGAGCGUGGCAGGUCCCCGAGGGGCCCGGGCCGGGCAGAGGGGCAGCCGGCCCCCGCGGCCGGCGGGGAGGCCGAGGCGGUCGGCCGCGGGCGUGGGGGGCGGAAGCGCAAGGAGACGGUCGUGCGGCAGCGGGCGGCCACCGGCGAGCACCCCAACAUCUGCGUGGAGUGCGGCAAGAGCUUUGCGCAGAGCGCGGCGCUGCUGGCCCACCGGCACAGCACCGGCGAGGUGAAGCCCUUUGCCUGCCUCGACUGCGGCAAGAGCUUCGGCCUCAGCGACAAUCAGAUUCGGCAGCAGUGCGCCCACGCCGGCGGGAGCCCACAGAGCUGCCGGGACUGCGGGAAGGAGGUGGACGGCGACACCAACGACCCCAGCCCAGCCCCGCAACCCCCUGGCCAGAGUCCCGACGAGUGCCGCGACUGCGGGGAGGGCUUCGGCCAGAGCUCAGACCUGGCGAAGCACCAGCAGCUGCACACCAGCGAGCGGCCCUACGCCUGUAUUAAGUGUGGGAAGAGUUUCCGACGGAGCUCGGACCUCGUCAUCCACCAGCGUGUCCACACCGGCGAGCGGCCCUAUACCUGCUCCAAGUGCGGGAAGAGGUUCAGCCGGAGCUCGGACCUCGUCAUCCACCAGCGCAUCCACACCGGCGAGCGGCCCUACAAGUGCCCCCAGUGUGGGAAGACCUUCAAGAGCAGCUCCAACCUCAACAUGCACAAGCGGACCCACCUGGGCGAGCGGCCCUACAAGUGCGCCGACUGCGGCAAGAGCUUCAGCUACAGCUCAUCCUUCCUCAAGCACCAGCGCAUCCACACCGGGGAGAAGCCCUACGAGUGCCCCCACUGCGGGAAGAGCUUCUGCGAGAGCUCAGCCCUGAUCCGGCACCAGCGCACCCACACCGGGGAGACCCCCUACCAGUGCCCCCACUGCAGCAAGAGCUUCAAGCAGACCUCGUCCCUCAUCACCCACCUACGCACCCACACUGGGGAGACCCCCUACCACUGCCCCCACUGCGGCAAGAGCUUCAAGCAGACCUCGUGCCUCAUGACCCACCUGCGCACCCACACCGGGGAGAAGCCCUACCACUGCGGCAAUUGUGGCAAGCGAUUCUGGGAGACCUCGGCCCUGAUCCGCCACCAGCGCAUCCACACCGGGGAGAAGCCCUACCACUGCGGCAAUUGUGGCAAGAGCUUCUGUGAGACCUCGGCCCUGAUCCGCCACCAGCGCAUCCACACCGGGGAGAAGCCCUACCAGUGCCCCCACUGCGGCAAGAGCUUCUGCGAGAGGUCGCCCCUCGUUACCCACCUGCGCAUCCACACCGGGGAGACCCCCUACCAGUGCCCCCACUGCAGCAAGAGCUUCAAGCAGACCUCGUCCCUCAUCACCCACCUACGCACCCACACCGGGGAGAAGCCCUACAAAUGCUGUGACUGUGGCAAGAGCUUCAAGCAGAGCUCGGCUCUGGUCCGGCACCAGCGCAUCCACACCGGGGAGACCCCCUACCAGUGCCCCCACUGCGGCAAGAGCUUCAAGCAGACCUCGUCCCUCACAGUCCACCUGCGCACCCACACCAGGGAGAAGUCAUACAAGUGCCGUGACUGUGGCAAGAGCUUCAGCGAGACUUCACCCCUCAUCAGGCACGAGCGCAUCCACCUAGGAACACCUCCAGGGAUGGUGUCUCCACCACCUGUCUGGGUAGCCUGUUCCAAUUCCUGGACCCUGUCCCAGCCAGAGCUGUGGGAAGCCCACGCCGGGCGGGCAGCCCUGGCUCGCUCCUGGCUCAGGGCUGAGGGCUCGGGACGGCCCGGGCCGCCUUUGCGCUGCGCUGUGUCCAUGUCGUGGCUGUUGUGUAAACAGGGCCAAGCCUUUUACCUGCCGGUGUUUCGCCAUGGGGUUCAAGGGAGGAAAGGGGAGGGGGGGACUGCAAAGCACAACCCAAGGCCUGGGCUUGCUCGCAAGGCGCGUUCCUCCCUGCGUGAGCACGAAGGGUCCUGUAAGCCAUUAAGCGGGCAACGGCCCUGCCCGAGCAGGGCUGUCGCAGCAGCUCGGCCGACGCCGCUGGCAAGACAAGCUCAGCGCGAGCCCGGGCUCAGCAUGGCGGGGCGCGCAAUCCCUCUCCUUUCCCUGCCUGCUGUAGUAAAGAGUUGCUGUUUGCCGGCUGCGGGCUGCGCGCGCCUGUGCUUUCCCCCAGGGCCAGGACGGGGGGGGUCGCAAGGGCUGCCGCUGCCGACACCCGCAGUCCAGUGGUGCCCUUCGUCCCCGCCGGGAGCUGCUUUUCCAGAUGGGGAAUGGCGUGGCUGGGCACGACGGCGCCUUGAGGGGGGCCUCUCGUGCUGCUUAGGUGGGGACGGCCCGGGGACGCCCCCGGCUCGAGGAGCCCCCGCCAUGUCGCCGAAGCGCUGCAGAGGGUCCGCGGCCCCCCAGCCCGAGCGUGGCAGGUCCCCGAGGGGCCCGGGCCGGGCAGAGGGGCAGCCGGCCCCCGCGGCCGGCGGGGAGGCCGAGGCGGUCGGCCGCGGGCGUGGGGGGCGGAAGCGCAAGGAGACGGUCGUGCGGCAGCGGGCGGCCACCGGCGAGCACCCCAACAUCUGCGUGGAGUGCGGCAAGAGCUUUGCGCAGAGCGCGGCGCUGCUGGCCCACCGGCGAAGCCAUGGCGGGGAGAAGCCCUUUGCCUGCCUCGACUGCGGCAAGAGCUUCGGCCUCAGCGCCAACCUGCUGAGGCACCGGCGCGCCCACGCCGGCGGGAGCCCACAGAGCUGCCGGGACUGCGGGAAGGAGGUGGGCACCGCCGCUGCCAGCCCAGCCCCGCGCACCUCCAGUCAGAAGCCCUUCAAGUGCGUCGACUGCGGGAAGAGCUUUGGCCACCCCAAGCAGCCCCCCGCCAGCCCCCCGGGGAGGCGCCGGCGGCGGGAAAGCCCUGCCGGGGAGAAACCACCGGCUGUGGCCAUCCCCAACACCUGCGCCGAGUGCUGGCAGAGCUUCAGCCAGAACUCGGACCUGGUGAAGCACAUGCGCAUCCACACCGGGGAAAAGCCCUACGCGUGCCCCCACUGUGGGAAGCGUUUCAACGUCAGCUCCAACCUCAUCCGCCACCAGCGCAUCCACACCGGGGAGAAGCCCUAUGCUUGUGCCGACUGCGGCAAGAGCUUCACCGACAAGUCCACCCUCACCCAGCACCGCCGCAUCCACACCGGGGAGAAGCCCUACGCCUGCGCCUUCUGUGGCAAGAGCUUCAGCCGCAGCUCCCACCACAAGCGGCACCAGCGAACCCACGCAGGGCAAAACCCCGUCUCCCUUCUUCCCCUCUGGCCCUACCCCAGCCAGCCCUGCUAGGGAGGCUCGGCACUGCUGGCACUGCUGGGGCGAGUUGCCGCGCGCGUUGGAGGGGGCCGUUAGGGUGAGGUGUAGUAGGAUGAGCCACGAGGCUGGUAGGUGGGAUUACGUGGGGUGGGUCGGGGCCAUAGCCGUUGGGUAGGUAGGAUGGGUCAGUAGCGAUGGGACGCAGUGGGCAGCAGCAGUGCUCGAGCAGGCAGCGGCUCAGGAUCCGCCUCGCCGUGGAGACCCCCAGGACGGGUGAGUCGGGUGGGCCCAGCCCCCCUGUGUGCCACGAGGGCCACCUUCCUGCUUGCCUUUUGCUGCAGGGAUGAACCUGGCUGUCUCGGAGCUGGAGCACGUCCGUGCCCGCCAAGGGCAUCGCAGCGCCUUGUUCUUGCCGGUCAUCGGCUGCGCAGCCCCAUGCUGCGUCCUGCCGGGGUGGCGGGGGGCGUGUCGCCCGGCUGCCACGUGUGGGUUUCGCUGUAGAACAGAUUAACAAAAAAAACAUUUGAAUAAUAA